AUGUGGAGGUUUACAUUGAAGAGAAACCUACGUUGCAUACGGAGUGCUAGGAGCAUUUCUCAAACACCCUAUGGAAUUUCUUUGCGGGAAACCACGGGCGUGACCAGACCCAUCUGCAGGAGUCUUUCCACGAAUAACGAUAUCUCCAUUGAUGCCAAACCCACGGAUCAGGAAGCCACGGAUUCGAGACCUUGGUAUUUGAGGUCUGAAGAGCCCGAAUCCGCGAUAAUCUCGGGCACCGAGAUGCCAGAAAUCCCGCAAGACGCGCCUGCCCGUCUGGUUCAGAUUGUGGAAUACAUAGCCAAACAACUGAGCAUGGAAAAUCUACUCAUUUUUGACGUGCGAUCAGAUCAUCGUGACGGAUACCAAGGAUCGCAGUUUGUGGGGGAUUUCAUGAUCAUUGGCUCAGGAAAAAGUGCUAAGCAUUUACACAAAGCCACAGAAGAGCUGAACAACUACGUGAAGAAAGACCUGGAUACCAUCCCCAGCUACGAGGGCCUACUGAAAAGCAGCGAUUUGUUCACAGCACGCAAGCGAUAUAAGAGAAAGCUCAAGAAGUCUCCAGCCUAUGCACUAAACGAUUACGGUGCCACCGCCAACUCAUGGGUGAUGAUUGACACCAACGUGGACGGCAUCUAUGUUCACUUCCUCACCCAGGAAAGGCGCGAGGAACUCAACUUGGAAGAGCUAUGGGCCUCUCCAGAAGAGAAACAUCUUUAUCAGCCUCGGGCAAAUAUUGUGUCAGACAGCGACGACAUCUUCAGUGGUAUCAGAUACUUCCACACCAGCACUGCCAGGUACCAGAGGUCAGACCUAGAUAUCCUGGCUGAAUCUGCAGAAAAGGGCGAUUACAAGCUCGCUAUGGAGUUCAACAGCAAGUUCAACACGUUUGAAAGACAGCCCGAAAGUACUGACCAGAUGUUCAUGAUCCUGAGGGCUCAUGUCAAAGGAGUAAGUUCUGCAGAGACUGCAGAAGAGGUUGCUGCGUUAGAGGAUUCCUUCCAACAAGCGUUUCCCGUCUCGAGUCCUAGCAGAGGACAUUGGCUUUGUCGAGUUGAUUUUUACCUGGAGUUGUUGAGGAAAUUCCCCCAGGUAGGAUACGCAAAGCUAUUCUGGGACAACUUUGCAGCCAUGCAGGCCAGUGGUGAAAUGCUUACAGGAGCCGAUCUGAGUGAAUUUUUCAAGGCUCUGACGGAAUGUCCAUCUGAUGAAAAUAGAACGGCCAAUGUGUCUGAAACUUUGGUUAGUGCUUCAGGGCUAUUAUUAUCGACAUAUCCUCAUAUUCAACAGGAAGUUCCAGGGUCGGGAGAGGCCGUUUCCUUUGAACGAAUCUUCCCGAAACUUUUGCCCUAUAUUUUUGGUCUGGGCUCUUCCAUGGAAUCAAAAGACUUCAUAACCCCAAACGAUGUUCCGGUAUCGUCUAACACCACGCAAGUGCCUGCUGCUCCCUUCAUAACGGUCCUACCAGCUUUGCUCAAGCAGAGCAGAUACCAGUGGAUUUCUAACGACCAGACCACCGAGAGAAACCUGCUUCUCUACCUAUCUGUAUUGGCCAACUCGUCUCAAUGGAAAUUGUUUUGGGACUUUCUGGACUCUCUUUCUAAAGAGGCAGACGUCCUUUCCAAAGAGUUCCCAUGGCUGUUCGUGCUGAACUUGGUUGCAGCUAAGGGAAACGCAUCUGCAUGCCACUUUUUUCUCACCAAGAAAUGGCCUUAUCUGAGCACUAACGUAAUUGACGAAAGCUUGCCAAGUGUUCAAGAGUCUUUGGAAAUUAUCAGACGGCGGGUUUCUGAGAGCGAGCAGAUCUAG